AAAUGGGAUUCCACAACAUCGGCAGAGCAACUCAACCAGAUGGAGAAAGAAGCAUUCUUGGAAUGGAGGAGACAACUCUCAUUACUGCAGGAGAAGGAUCAUAUUGUCCUGACUCCGUUCGAAAGAAAUCUUGAUUUUUGGAGGCAGCUAUGGAGAGUGAUCGAGAGGAGUGAUGUGAUCGUCCAGAUUGUGGAUGCCAGGAAUCCUCUUCUCUUCCGUUGUCUUGACUUGGAGAAAUAUGUGAAAGAAGUCAGUAGCGAUAAGGAGAAUAUAAUAUUGAUCAGCAAAGCAGAUCUAUUGACUCAAGCACAGAGAGAGAAGUGGGGCGAGUAUUUCUCCCAACAGGGUAUCCGGGUAGCUUUCUGGUCUGCGGUCAGAGAGACAGAAAGAAUAGAAGAAAAGGAAGGAAAAGAGGAUGAACCAGCGAUGGCUAGUGAUGAGGAUACUGAUGACUCAGAGGACGAAGAGGGUGAGGAAGAUGUUGAUGAUGAUGGUGAUGCUGAAGAAGAAGAUGAAGGAGCACAAAGACUUUCCCCUGAUAAUAAUCUGCCCAGUAGCUUGGAAGGCAUGGUCGUAUCAUCACCCGUUAAUGCAGGAGAUCCCUCCAAUACGAACGAGUCCUGCAACUCACUAGCAGAUCGAGGACAGAUUUCUGGAGCCAUGCUCCGCACAACCGAACCAACAAGGAACAUUCAGACAAAUGAACAGGACUCGAGGACAGGGGGUGAGUCUUUGUGCAAUGGAUCAAAUGCGGUGCCUUCAAGAACUGACAUGGAUGCUCUCUCAUCACCAAGAUGCGAUGAUGAUGUGGACAAUGAUGUCGAUGAUGUUGUCGACUCGCAUGGUGAUAACCUUUCAAGGACUACCCAUGUUACAUCAGGAGGAGCAGGGGAUGGUGUUGCAAUGGAGACAUCUUGUGCACCAUCUCCUCCUGAAGGAGAGAUUCAGAAUUCAUCACACCUGUUGACUGGGGAGGAGCUUCUUGGGUUCUUCCGUGAGGUUCACAUGGGAAGGUCAAAGGUCAAUGCCGACAUUCUGACCGUGGGCAUGGUUGGAUACCCCAACGUUGGUAAGAGUUCUACCAUCAACGCUCUACUCAGGGAGAAGAAGGUACCUGUCUCUGCAACUCCAGGAAGAACAAAACACUUUCAGACGUUGUUUGUAGAGCCGACACUCUGCCUGUGUGACUGCCCUGGACUGGUGAUGCCAUCUUUUGUGUCUACCAAAGCUGAUAUGUAUCUCAACGGCAUACUACCGAUAGAUCAGAUGAGGGACUUCACUCCACCGGUCUCUCUGAUGUGCCAGCGAGUGCCGAGAGAUGUUUUAGAACUGACCUAUGGAAUAAAUCUGAUUAAGCCAGGAGAAGGAGAGGAUCAAGAUAGACCACCAACAGCCCUAGAGCUCCUGAAUGCUCAUGCCUAUGUGCGUGGCUUCAUGACGCAGAAAGGAGUCCCCGACAGCUUCAGAUCUGCUAGAAUCGUUCUAAAGGACUAUGUCAAUGGCAAGAUUUUAUACAGCAUUCCUCCUCCUGGACUAACCCCUGAUGAGUUUGGGUCAAUGCACUAUCCAUCCUUAGAGGUUGGUGAGGUCAAAGCAGGGUCACGACCCAAGAAAUCGGCCAACAAACCAAUGAUCACUGCAGGAGGACAAACGGUCAAGAAGUCUGCUGCCAAGAAAGUAGACGAAAGCUUUUUUGCCAAACCCCAAGUUGCACACACCAAGGCAUCGGCUCCGAGGGUGGGUGUGGUUGGAGGUGUGUCUGGGGGCAUGGCUGGAGGCGUGCCUGGGGUUGGCUACCUGGGGAAACCCUGGAAGAAGCAAAAGCGAGGCAAGAAGGAGAAACUGAGGAAAGUGUAUGGCCAUCUGGAUGAGAAAUAGAUCAUGUGAACUUAUUGAGGAAACAAGAUCAUGGACAAUAUUUGAUAGUAAUGAUAAAUUUUAUGAACAUGACCUAUGAUCAGGGACCUGUUGUAGAAAGAGUUUCGUUUAAACGCAAGUCAAAAUACCAAGCACAAGUCCCGAAUACGGGGGCUUCAUUGGCUGAAAAUAAAGUUGCGCAAGAUUUUUUGAGUUGCGUUUGAUCGCAACUAUUUCGGCAAUGGGCCCUUGGAGGCCGCAAGUGAACUGAAGUAAUAUGAUUAUCUUGGGAGCAUUUCAUG